CCCACCUCCAUCCAAAAGAGCCGGCGGUGGCCGGCAGCCAAAACCGACGUCGCCACGUCGGACUUCGCCGCCGCCGCCAGGAGGAAGGGGACAAGGUCACAAGGCAACGCCGGCCGGCGCAACAUUUAUAUGUCUACCAGGCAGCCCAGCCCGGCCACCACGUGUACUCUUCUGCCACAGAGCUAGACCGCGCCCUCGGCGGCAAGCUGCUCUGCUGCUCCCCCCAGCCACCGCACCGGGUGCCAAUGGCGACUGCAGCGACUUCGACGCCGCCGGCGUGGCAGCGGACGUUGGUAUGCGCGUCACUGACCGCGCGGGUACCCCGGGAGAUGGCAGCGGAGGUGGACGCCGCCGCCGCGCUCGGUGCCGACGUGGCGGAGCUCCAGGUUGGCUGCCUCGACGGCUUCGAGCCGCGCAGGGACCUGCCCGUGCUCCUCGCCCAGCCCCGCUCGCUCCCCGUCAUCGUCACCUACAGGCCGAAAUGGGAGGGCGGUCAGUACGCAGGCGAAGAUGAGCCACGGUUUGAGGAGCUUCUACUGGCAAUGGAGCUGGGAGCUGAAUAUGUUGACAUCGAGUUCAAGGUCGCCGACAAAUUUAUGAAGUUUUUGUCUGGGAAGAAACCUCAAAGCUGUAAGCUCAUUGUUUCAGCUUAUGACUACGAGAGGACUCCCUCGGUCAAUGAACUUCUGAAUUUGGUGGCCCAGAUACGAGCCAUAGGGGCUGACAUUGUGAAAAUUUCAACCACUGCUGCUGACAUUGUAGACGCAUCAAGAAUGUUUCAAGUACUUGCACAUUGCCAAGAAAAGCAGGUGCCUAUCAUUGGGCUGGUGAUGAAAGAACAGGGUUUUAUUUCUCGGAUUCUUUGUGCAAAAUAUGGCGGAUACCUUACUUUUGCAUCUCUUGAGAAAGGAAAAGAAUCUGCUCCCGGGCAGCCGACGGUAUCAGACUUGAUAAAUAAGUACAAAAUUAGGCAGAUAGGCCCUGAUACUAAGGUCUUUGGUAUUAUUGGAAAUCCAGUUAACCACAGUAAAAGCCCAAUUGUGCAAAAUCAAGCUUUCAGAUCAGUGGGUUUCGAUGCUGUGUUUUUGCCAUUUUUGUCAGAUGACUUGGUUGAGUUUCUUUCUACCUUCUCAGCACCAGAUUAUGCUGGCUUCAGUUGCACAAUGCCCCAUAAGGAAACAGCACUUAGGUGCUGUGACGAUGUUGACCCUAUUGCCAGGGACAUUGGAGCUAUUAAUACAAUUAUUAGAAGGCCUGAUGGAAAACUUGUAGGCUAUAAUACGGACUAUUCUGGUGCUAUUUCUGCUAUUGAGGAUGGAAUAAGAGCAUCACAAUCAACAGAUUCUACCACUUCGCCACUGGCUGGAAGGCUUUUUGUUGUCAUAGGGGCUGGUGGUGCAGGGAAAGCACUAGCAUAUGGUGCAAAAGAGAAGGGAGCAAGAGUUGUGAUUGCAAACCGUACAUUUGCACGAGCUCAAGAACUUGCCAACAAAAUUGGCGGGACUGCAUUGACCCUGUCAGAGUUGGAAAACUACCAUCCCGAGGAAGGGAUGAUUCUUGCAAACGCAACAUCUGUUGGGAUGCAUCCAAAUGUCGAUGGAAUUCCUUUAUCUAAGCAAGCACUGAAAUCCUAUGCCGUUGUCUUCGAUGCGGUCUUCGUGCCAAGAGAGACUAGACUUCUCCGAGAAGCUGCAGCGUGUGGAGCGACAGUUAUUGACGGUCUGGAGAUGCUAAUCAGGCUAGUGAUGGUUCAGUUUAAGCUUUUCACAGGGGGCAUGACAGCUCCAGAAAGGUUGAUGCGCGAGGCUAUCCUGACGAAGACACAUUGAGGUUUGUCCACAUAACAAGGUCUCUGCAGAUAUCAUGGUUUCUGCAAAAAUGGUUCCUGGACGUCUGUGAAGCACCUGUAUUUGAUUGAUGAUUCUUCAACACAAGCGGCGGAGGAGAUGCAGGUUUCGGCCUCAUCCUGUUUCUCCUACUGCCUGCAAUGAUGCAGUGUUGUUUUCAUCAUAUCACAUCUGUUGUUCAGUAAACAAUAUAUGCUCUAGUUCAACAAUGUAAAGAUGUUUUCUUUUUUCAGGUAGCAAAACUUGUACAAAAA